AUGCUUGAUAUGAGCAUUUUAGUUGAAGCCUUGAAGCUCUCUUUGUCUGACGAGUUUGAUAGAAGUAAAGAGGAUGAAGUUGUUGUCACUUUUGACCGUACUCCCGCCAUUUCAACACCUUAUUUGCUGGAUGGGCAGCAUACAUCCAAAGAGAAAAAUGGACGUAGGGGUGGAAAUCAAGGACGAGGAAGGAGAGACAAGCACUGUGGCUUUAACGAAAAAAAUAUGCUAGCAAGUUACUUUAUUUAUUUUUGGUUCGAUUCCUUUCUUAAGGAUCUUCUAGCUUCACUGAAUGAACUAAUCAUUCUUUUUCUAACUUUGACAAUUUUAGUCCCUGAAACUGUUUCCUCUUGGCGCCACAUGGAUGUCUCAAAGCCACCUCUUGCCCCAACUCCAAGGAUGCCUGAUGGAACCAGAGGAUUUACAAUGGGACGUGUCUGGCCUCUGGAUUCAAAUCAAAGCUGA